AUGGCGUCUUCCACGGCUGAACCACGCUUUGCCGAAGGCGAAGAUGCGGCUCAAUUGGGUCCGGACAUGCAAUCGCUACUUCAGCAGCAGGGGUGGGCUCUUGAUGCGGACGGAAUGGGUAUCACCAAGACCUUUCAUUUCAAAACGUAUUUCAAAGCUGUGCGGAUCGGAUCGGUGGAUGUUCACUGGACCACCCAUCAUCCUCGCGGUCUCACGCAAAAGGAUAUCACGUUGGCGCGGCAUUGCGACCAGGGGGCGACUCUGAUGGGAGCGGUGGAAGCUGGAGAUGGAAUGAAGUGUGGAUCGAAGCCGUGA